GCAGCCAUCAUUCUGUCUUCUUCAAUCCAAAGCUAAAAGAAGAGCAUGAUAGCCAUUCUUUCUUUGUCACUCUGCUCCUGAUCCAGUAAUUAUCUCAUCCAUGCCAUUUUCAGGUCUCUCUCUAUCCCUCUCCAAAGAUUUAUCCCCAUUUGGGAAAUUUCUGAAUCUUUUUGGGGUCUGAACUCACCGACACUAAUUAAACUUUGAAUCUCUAAGCAAUUCAGUGUUUUGUUGUGCUAAAAAUGUGUCAAAGAUUGGUUUUUUAUUUGUUAGUUUUGAUGUAGUGAAAUAUGUUACUAGUCUUUAUGGAAAAAUCCCAUUAAUUUCUUCAACUCUUUCUUCUUGUGCUUGUUACUUGAUGACUUUUGCAUCAGAUCUGAGUUUUUUUACAUGCACUGUGAACAUUUUUGUGGACAAUAUAGUUUUUUGGUCCCUGUUCUGAAAUUUCAGUGUUUUCUUGCUAUACCUUAUUAAGGAAUUAACUUAACUAAAAACUCAAGAUUGCCGUAAGAAAGAUUGUAUACUCUAACACGCCGUGAACAUAAUUUUGUGAACUGGGUGUGGCCGUGUGGGUGAGGUUUGAACUCGUGGCCUCUAGGUCAACAAGAUUUUGAUAAUAUGUUAAGUAAACAACUCAAUCAAAAGCUCAAGAUUUACUCUGAAAAAGGUUUUAUACUCUAACAUACCGCGUGAUUUCCUUUGUGUGCAAUGUAGGCUUUAGAUUGGGUAUUGAAGCAAAGAGGAGUUCUGAUUUGUUACAAACUCACUAUGCUUAAGCAAAUCCUUUCGAAAAUUCCUCGAAAAUCACUGAAAUCUGAUUCUCAAGACCUGGCAAGGAACAAAAAUAAUGAUGAUUCUCCUGCAAACACUGGCAAUGGGAUGCAGUUUACCAACAGCUGUAGUGUCAUAGGGAGCUGUCGUCUGAAUGUAGUGAAACGCGUGUCAUCUGCCAUUUUUCCAACUGGUGGGGGAGAGAGAGAGACCAUCUCUCCACACUCGAGCUUCAAGGAUGUGUCAAAUGGGGAGAAGCUAAGCCUCUUUAUCAGUAAGCUGAACUUCUGCUGCUCAAUGGAUGAUUCCACUGAUCCAAACAAGAAAGAUUUGAAAGCCCAAAUGUUGAUUGAUCUCAACGAUUAUGUCACUUCCGGAUCAGCUAAAUGCACCACUGAACCAGCAAUAGCUGCAGUUUGUAGAAUGUGCGCAGUUAACCUCUUCAGAGAUUUCCCGCCAAAGUAUGGUCGUGGUGAUUUCGUAGACGAAGAAGAACAGUUCUUUUAUCCUGCCUGGCACCAUUUGCAGCUUGUCUAUGAUCUCUUUCUUCAUUACCUGAGCCUAAGUUCUCUUGACCCGAAGGUCGCCAAGAAAUCUAUAGACCAUUCUUUCAUUACAAAACUGCUAAAUCUGUUUGAAUCCGAUGACCCAAGGGAAAGAGAGUUCUUGAAGUCAGUCCUUCACAGACUCUAUGGGAAGUUUAUGACGCACAGACCCUUUAUCAGAAAAGCUAUGAGUAACUCAUUUUAUCGGUUUGUUUUUGAGACUCAGCGUCACAAUGGGAUAGCAGAGCUGUUGGAGGUUUUUGGGAGUGUCAUAACCGGUUUCGCCUUGCCACUAAAGGAGGAGCACAAGUCGAUCUUCUCUAGAGCUUUAAUUCCUUUACACAAGCCAAAGUCAUUAGGUGUGUAUCAUCAACAGCUCACGUACUGCGUUGUGCAGUUUGUCAAAAAGGAGCAGAGUCUUGCUAGCGAAGUGAUCACAAGACUCCUGAGGUAUUGGCCUUUGACCAAUAGCCAAAAGGAGGUAAUGUUCAUCGGCGAGAUAGAAGAGGUGUUGGAAAUGAUAAGCUUCUCUGAGUUUGAGAAGAUCGCGACCCCUCUAUUUCGGCGUAUAGGAUCUUGCCUCAACAGUUUCCACUUCCAGGUGGCCGAACGAGCACAUCUCUUAUGGGGAAACGAAAGCGUCCUAAAACUUAUCAUGCAUGCGGAGCGCGCGACCGUUCCCAUAGUUUUGUCAGCAUUGGAGAGGAACAGCCAGAACCAUUGGAGCAAAGCCAUUCGAAACCAGUCACUAAACAUCAGAAGAGUCUUUCAUGAAAUGGAGAAGGAGGCGAAGAUCGACAUGGGAACACCUUGAGAUAGCUGUUCAGAGUUUAUCCACCAGUGUCUGCCCUGUUAAUUAGCUAUUCU